AUUUGCAGGAAUCAGUUCCCAUUUUUGUGGGUCCCAGAGAUUUAACUCAGGCCAUCGGGUUUAGCAGUAAUCUAAACUUGCCAUCAGGAAGUAAUACAUCCCUGAGCAAGGGUGUUUUAGGCAUCGGUUGCCAUAGCUCCCUGUAGCUUCCCGGUCACAUGAUGCGAGGCAACAUGGCGCUGUCCACGGUGGCCUCAUCCCACGUGUUUCCAGGACCGAAAAUGGCGGCGGCAGGCAGUCCCGCUUCGCUUGAGUCUGCUCCACGAAUCCUGCGGCUGGUGUCUGAGUGCAGUCGUUCCAGAGCCCGGGCAGGCGAGCUGCGGCUGCCGCAUGGAACUGUUGCCACUCCUGUGUUCAUGCCUGUGGGAACACAGGCCACCAUGAAGGGGAUUACGGCGGAGCAGCUGGAGAGCCUGGGCUGCCGCCUCUGCUUGGGCAACACCUACCAUCUGGGGCUGAGGCCUGGUCCGGAGCUGAUCCAGAAAGCCCAGGGUCUUCACGGCUUCAUGAACUGGCCUCACAAUCUGCUGACAGAUAGCGGCGGCUUCCAGAUGGUGUCCCUGUUCUCCCUGUCCGAGGUGACUGAGGAGGGCGUCCGCUUCCGCUCGCCCUACGAUGGCCAAGAGACACUUUUGAGCCCAGAGAGGUCUGUGGAGAUUCAGAACGCUCUGGGCUCUGACAUCAUCAUGCAGCUGGACGAUGUGGUGAGCAGCACAGUGACAGGCCCUCGAGUGGAGGAGGCCAUGCACAGGUCAGUGCGCUGGCUGGACAGAUGCAUUGCAGCCCAUCAGCACCGGGACAAGCAGAACCUCUUUGCUAUCAUCCAGGGGGGACUGAAUGCCGACCUUCGGACCACUUGCCUGAAAGAGAUGACCAAGAGGGAUGUCCCGGGCUUCGCCAUCGGAGGACUGAGUGGGGGAGAGAGCAAGGCGCAGUUCUGGAAGAUGGUGGCUUUAAGUACUUCCAUGCUGCCUAAGGACAAGCCAAGAUACCUGAUGGGGGUUGGCUAUGCCACUGAUUUGGUAGUCUGCGUGGCUCUUGGAUGUGACAUGUUCGACUGUGUAUACCCCACACGGACAGCGCGCUUUGGCUCUGCUCUUGUACCCACUGGGAACCUGCAGUUGAAGAAACAGCAGUACGCCAAGGAUUUCAGUCCCAUAAACUCGGAGUGUCCUUGUCCCACCUGCCAGAAGCACAGCCGCGCCUUCCUGCACGCCCUGCUGCACAGCGACAACACCGCAGCUCUGCACCACCUCACUGUGCAUAACAUUGCCUAUCAGCUGCAGCUCCUGAGCGCCAUGCGAAGCAGCAUCUUGGAGCAGCGCUUUCCUGACUUCGUACGAAACUUCAUGCGCACCAUGUAUGGGGACCACAGCCUCUGUCCUGCCUGGGCUGUUGAAGCACUGGCCUCUGUGGGAAUCAUACUCACAUGACCUGGGUACUGGGGAGGACGCUGGCGCAUGGGGGUCCUGAAGGAUUGUUUUUAUAAAAAGAUUUUGUUGCUGCCUUUUGUUUUCA